CUUUUUACCUUCUUUUUCGUAUUUCAUACCAUGAGCAAGCAACAAGAUACGGCAUCGACAAAAGAGGAGAUUGUUGCUACUCCUAGAUCUUCCGGAACUUAUGAAGAACUUAAUGGAAUGACAUUGACACCCAAUCAUCCACAGCACAAUGGUUUAGAAAAAAUAGGCACCACAAAGACAGAACAUUAUGAUGUAGAAAACGGUGGUCUACACCCUGUAGAGCCUCAGGCUACAAAUGCCACUAUUGCAAGCAUUGUCCAGUUACCAGAUGAUGCGUUUUAUAACGGUAUCCCUGAUGGCGGUUAUGGCUGGGUUGUUGCUGUUGUAGGGUUCUUAAUAAACUUUAUUAUGUUUGGUGUUGCUUCAAUUUGGGGUGUCUUUUCAAAUGCAUUAGCUACAUCAACACUUAAAGACAAAGCAACAACAGUCCAGCUUAUGGGUGUAGGCUCGGUGCUUAUUGUCUGUCUCAAUAUCUUUUCCCCUGCUAGUCCAUUGUUAGCUUCUCGCUUUGGUGUCCGUCCUACCAUGAUGAUUGGGACACUCUUGCUAUCACUUGGUCUUAUCUUGGCUGGGUUUAGUACAGAGGUAUGGCAUCUUUAUCUUACUCAAGGUGUUCUUUUUGGUAUCGGAUCUUCUUUGACAUACAUGUCUAUUGUAGCUGUUAUUCCUCAAUGGUUUACUACUAGAAGAGGUAUGGCAAUGGGCAUCAGUUCUUGUGGCUCUGGUUUUGGUGGUUUAGCUUUGAGUCCCAUGGUUAGUUCUCUGAUUGAGAAAUAUGGUAUUCCUUGGGCUUAUCGUAUUGUUGGUUUGAUGGCUUUUGGUAUCUGUAUGGUUGGCUCCUUGUUGAUCCGCACACGUUUGCCUCCUGGACAAGACAAACAGCCUACUCGCUCACCCAUCAAACCUUCUAUGCUUAAGAACUUUGACUUUGUCAUCUUGUUGCAUGGCCUUGUUAUUUCAUUAACAGGUUACUUGAUUCCUCUCUUCUACUUACCAAAGUAUAGCGCAAGCUUUGGGAUUAGCAGAGCUGAUUCUUCCAACAUUGUUGGUGUAGCCUGUGCCUUGAAUGCAAUUGGUCGCCUUGUUAUUGGUUACUUUGCUGAUCGUGUGGGCCGCUUAAACAUGUAUAUUCUUUCUUGUUUCUGUGCCGGUAUUUUCUGUAUGGCCCUCUGGCCUUUCGCAAAUACUUAUGGCACCCUCAUGGCAUUUGCUGUCCUCUUUGGUUUCUUUUGUGGUAUUUACUAUGCACUUGCACCUCCUAUCACCGCUGCCAUUGUGGGUCCUGAAAAUAUUUCUUCCGGUCUUUCAAUCUUGUUUAUUGCAAGUGCUAUUGCUGGCACAGGACCACCUAUUGCCUCAGCCAUUCAGCAAAGCACCCCAAAUGCUGGAUACAUUGGUGUACAAAUGUUUUCUGGUACUGUGUAUAUUUUUGGUGGCUUGAUUUGUGUAUUCUUAAAGUUGAAAUUGACGAAAUCGCUCUUCUCUGUCCUCUAAGCUAUACCUCUUUUCCUUUUUUUCUUUCUUUUUCAUCAUGAUACAUAUCCCUUCUACAUAUACAUAUAUACAUAAUUAUUUAUACAUUUACUCAUAGACAUACAUUUAGACGCAUAACCUUUAUAAUUGUAUUCAGAAAUAAAUACUGUAUUUCUGCCGUCAAUUGGUCGCUGUUUAGAUUUUAAUUGGUCACUUCCUGAAAUAAAUCAAUAAUGUCUUCUGUUCAGUGGGAGUUAGAUAGCUUCU